AUGCGGCCGCAUUCUUUCGCAGCGCCUAUUUUUUGGGCACAUUAUCAACUUUCCCCUAAGUUCUGUCCUUCCCUCUCACUCCCCUCAUCCCGUUCUCUGGUAUCUCCCCCUCCGCCCCAUACUGCAGGUUCGAGGAGUUGGCGCGGGCGCUGGAGAGGAGCGAGCUGGCGCGCGGACAGAGGGAGCAUUCUGGUGGACGCGGUGCGCGUGCUGGCGCAGCUGAGGGCGGAGACGAGCCAGCUGAGGGGCUCCGCGGAGCAUAUGAGCGAGCAGAUCCAAGAGCUCAAGGCGGAGAAGAGUGAGCUGAGGGAGGAGAGGGCGCGCCUGCUGGCCAACAAGCAGCAGCUGGAAGACGAGGUCCGCCGCUUGACAGCAUCUGGUGCCGCCCAAUCCACCACCGCCACGUCAGCAGCAGUAUCAGUGGUUUCUUCUACCGCCCGGCAGACAGCUGCUAUUUCUCCUCCUCUUGGGUUUGCGCCUUGUGCUCCGGGCUCUCCGGGUUUGCCUGGUGCUGUGCCCGUGAUGCUGCAUCCUGUGUCUGCUGCUUCUGGUGCUGCUGCUGCUGUGGCUGCUGGUGGUGGCUCAGCUGGUUCAGCUGGUGCUGCUGCUGCUACACCCGGUCCGCAGUACCUGCAUGUGCCUGCCAUGCCAUAUGCCAUGCCAGGGAUGUCGCCCAUGGGCAUGUGGCAGUGGUUAUCGCAACCAGCUGUUGAGCCCUAUGAUCAAAAGCUCAGAACAUUGGUGGUAUGA